AUGGGUGAGUCCGCGCGGGAGGAAUGGACGAUCCCUUCGGGGCCGUCGCCGCAAGGCGGUGCGGAUGCGGCUGCCGCUGGCGAUCAGCAGGACACGGCUGAUGACCUUCCCAUGAAGCUGGCGGCCUCCUGGGAGAGGCUCAUGUCCGGCUUCAGUCAGCUGCUGGGGAAGCUGAAGAGCUCCAACCUCGGGGCGUACACCCUGACUGUCGAGCACUUGCUCCUGGAGGACGCCGCCGCGCAAGAUCUGCAGGAGUCUGUCAGAGAGUCUGUGUCAAAUGCAACGGGAAUAAUGUCACUGUGUGAAGACCUGCUGGGACGCCUUGCUGGGGUUGAGGACCUCUCAAAACAAGUGAAGUCGUUGAGGAAGGAGGUGGACAAGCUCGUUGAUGGCCUGAAGCAAUCGGCCACAGAAUCCACAGCCGCAAGCAGCAAGACCAGGCACCCUUGA